GCCGGAUGUGGAGGUUGAACCCCAGGAAGAGCAUGCAGAGUACAGUCGAACCACGGUUUUGCGGGUGACGAAAGCGGUCAGUUCUCUCCACCAUGGCAGACAGUUAAGGACAGAAAACCUUGUCAGCAAACGUAGUGCAUCGUACCACGCCCCGGACAGUAAUACUUCCAUGGGCACGUUGAACUGUUGCAUGGGAAGGCUUGAUUUGCUUUCAUCACGUACUCUGCUGCUCUCAUGCCACUCGGGAUGGCGAAGAAGGCGACCAGAGGCGACCUCAGCCGAGGUGAAGGGGGCCGUGCACGAGAGCGCUUGCGCUGGUACAGGAGGAGUUUGUGGUGCCUGACCCCACGACAGCCGAAACCCACCUACAACAAGCAGGGAGCACACCGAGAGUGAAUGUAGUAUAUAUGGGGAAGGCGAGCUUCUCAGGAUCUAAAUCAAGACAAGGUGUCUUGUAAGUCAGUCGUCAGUCAGUAAGGAAAAAUUUAAAGGCCUCCCCCACACCUGAGAUGUCCAGAAACAUCUGAGAACCUGCACAGGCAAUGUCCCAUUGCGUGAUGAAUUAGAGGUACAUUGUCCGAGGCUUUGAGCUUGCUGCUGCUUGCUGGUGCAAUCAGCAUUUCUGCUUCCCAUCCGAAGCAGAAGGUCAGGAGCACUAGUACGCGUACGAUGGUGUACGUGUGGUCCUCGUCGAGAGCAGCAGCAGGAGCAGCAGCACUUAUGGGAUCAGGAUCCAUAGGAAGGGUGGGCACCGGGAGCCGGAAGCAGGUGGUGCAGGUGCUACUGAGUCUGGUAGCACUGGCCUUCUGCUUCGCACAGGUAAGCGAUGCCCAUGAUUAUACCCCAACUACGUUUCUGAGAGCUCAGCUUGCGGGCGCUGGUCGGUCUCCGUGGCUUUCGUGUCAGACGAAUGCCACCAUAUGCAAAGAUAAGACGAAGAACCCCUACGGAGGUGAGACUUGCUGCGGCAAGAGGAUCUGCAGGGAUCUUCAGUACGAUGAAAUGAACUGCGGGCUCUGUAACAGGUACUGCGCUUACGGACUCUCUUGUUGCAGUGGUAAGUGCGUUAACAUCAAUGGGGAUGACAACAAGAAUUGUGGAAGGUGCGGAAAUGUGUGUCCCAAGAAGUACAAAUGCACCUUCGGUAUGUGUGGUUAUGCGGACGAUGAAGAUCAAGGAGAGGAGGAUCGUAAGAAGUAAGUAGCUAGUAAGUAGUGAGACAGGGCUGGCUGACUGCAUCCACCCUCUGGGCAUUUUCUGCGAGCACGAACACGGGAUCGAUCCAGGGCCUGAACCACAGAAUGGACAGGCAGCAAAUCCGGAUCCAAAGUUGGGCCUCGAAAUUAGAGGCACCAAUGGUUCAAAAAUUGGUCUGUGCUGCAGCUGCUUGCGUCAAGGAGGUCGGAUGCUAUCACAGGGAUGCUCGUCCCAGCAUUUAAUCACAAGAAGUAGGUAGAUUCAAAGCAGGAAGAAGCGUUGCGGGCAGGAACCUCGCCGACAAUGCUUGCGCUCGCCUGCUUAACAACGACCAGCAAGCGUAUGCCAUUGGUAGACUUCAGAAUCAAGUACCUUUGCUCUUGAACAGUGCUCUGGAGUCAAUCCCAAGUCUAGUUGAAUAUCAUUCAUUCAUUCAUCGAUGAUCUGAUUGGCUGAUACCAAUAAUUAGUUUGGAUCAUCUCUAGUCUAGAAAAUUGUGUGUCAUAUUUGUUCAAUUUAAUUUAAUUUGGAUCGAAGCUGUGAUAUUCAUGUGCAAAACUGUAUCCGCUUUGAAUCCAGGCCGCAAUUAAGAAUUCUGGCUGAGGACAUUAUCUCGCCUUGGUUCGAUGCAUAACUUCAUGGUUAGACAGAACUGCCAUUGUUUGCUACUGACAAUGAUAAAGCACAUCAGCAUGUACAAGCUUCAGGCAUAGUAAGAUCUAAAUCAUGUAUUGUAGCUGGGAUGCCCGCCGGAGAGACCAGCAUACUUAUAUAAAAUCUUUUUGAUCAAU